UCAACCAUUUGAACCAUUUGAACUAUUUGACAAAGGUCAAGGUUUGAGACCAUGUCUGGUGACUGUUCCGUUUCCGGUCAAUGUGAAGAUUCUAUGAUUACCCACCAAGUUGAUGAGGAUGAUUUGAAGACGAUGGAAACAGAAACAAUAGUUGAAGAAUUUGUCAGAUUAAAGCUAAAACAAAGCGCAGGAAUUAUUCGACGCCGACGAACUUCAACUGAUAUGGAGACACAAGCUCUAAUUGGUCGCCUUAUAGAAAUAUCAAAUGAGUUAGAAGCCCAAUAUGGCGAACGGUUGAAUCAUGAUGCUGAAAUGUGGAUCAAGUCAGCCACAUAUGAGAAGUUUUUACAGAUUGCAAAAGGAGUUUUCUCGGAUGGGAUUAUUAACUGGUCACGAAUUGUGGUAUUGUUCAUGUUCGCUGUCAAAGUGGUCAUCAAUGCAAUUUCCAAAGGAUUUAGUGGUCUUGCUGGUGAUAUCAUAAGAUUUGUUGUUAAAUUUGUUUUUAUUCAUGGUAUAUACAAAUGGGUCGAAAGUCAUGGUGGUUGGGUGGCUGUUUUACGCGAGUAUACCCCACAUUCUAAUUCAAGUGGUCUAUUUGUAUUUGGCCUCACUCUGAUAAUUGUUUGCUUAUUGUUAACAAGAAAAAUUUAAUUAAUUGUUUGUUGUUAUUAUUAUUGUUAUCUACUUAUCUCUAAUUAUAUGUCGUUUGUUAAAAUUUCACGUGAACUGGUAACCAUACACAUAUAAACUUGAAGUUCACUUGGAGCACCUUCAAGAUUAAUAUUGUUUUAGAUCGAUAUACUGAUUGUGUGGUAUAUCAUCAACUACAGCCAUUUUUAAGCAGAUCAUAAGAAUGUCCAUAAAGUACUGUUAUUUCAUAUACUCGUUUAUUCCUGUUGUAUUUUCAUAGUCAGGAAAUUAUUUAAAAUAGAGAGUCUCUGAAUAAAGAUAAAAGUAUUCUCGCUUCUAGGUACUAUGUGACUAAUAGUGGUAAUUGUAGGUGAACAUAUUUUCUUCUGUAUCCUCUUUUUCUUUUGCUGUACAGUAACCUCGUAUUAAAUUUGCAUUUGAUGAUUAAGUCAGUAAGUGUUUAAUAAACCAGGUGUUCUUUGUUAAUCCCUCAGCUGCUUUCUUACUAUUUUAUACAGAAAGGACGUUGAUGAAGCUUAUCAUGUUUUAAAAUACAGAUGAAUUUUCCCACGUCGGCUUCUAUCCACCUCAUAUAUAUAUAUAUAUAUAUAUAUAUAUAUACUUGUAAAAGAAUAAAUGGAUGAUAUUUUCAAACAGAAAUCCCAAACUUUAAGUGCCUUGUUUGUAUACUAUUAAUAACCAGGUAUUGUUGAUUGUUACUUGAUAAUAUUUCACGGUAUAUUUAGUCUCUUUUACGUCUUAAUGUUUUACUCUCUGUACGUGUUUCUGUGUGUUCGUUUUUCAUUAUUUGAUCCUUUUCAAUCAGGUCAUCAGUGCCCUGUAUCGUCUGUGCACAACAAUUCUACUUCGUUAUCUUUCAAAGUUAAUUAUUCAGCGUCCCAUCGAUUUUGUUCUGAUUGACAAUCUCUCGCUUCAUUGUCUUAACAAAUCAUAACAAAAUAAUGUAUUUUUUUCUUCCGUUUAUUUAUUAAACUUUGGAUUAUUUAUGUAGCAUUUUCUCCUUUUUUCUAUUAUGUGUAAAUUUUAAUUAUAUUUUAUUAUGGAUAAAUAUGUAAACUGAGGUAAAUGUUACUUCUUAAUAUUAAUCCAUUUACUGCAAAUAUAAGCUGGUGUGUGUAACUUAUCCCUAUGUGGUUUAGCCUAAACAAUGUAAGAUUAUAGAAGAUAGUCUUUGUUAGGAUCACAAUACUAGUUGUUCUGGUGUGCUAUACCUCAGGCACUUAAGAUUCCAGUAAAACACAGAAAAUUCGUUCCUCAUAUUUGAUUCAAGAAGUUUGUUGUU